AUGCAUUUGUUUGUGCUCAUUCACGGUCUCUGGGGAAGCGCAACCCACAUGGCCGCGGUAAAGGAGGUGUUGGACACCACCUACGGUGUCAAGGCUGGAGGAGACAUGGUUGCUUAUGCCACUCAGAGUAACCACGGUACUCUCACCUACGAUGGAGUGCAAGUAUGCGCGCGUCGAUGCUAUCUGGAGAUCAAGGAGGUGAUUCGCCGCUACGCUGAUGACGAGGGUGUUACCUUUGACCGCAUCUCGAUACUGGGCUAUUCUCUUGGUGGCCUCAUUGCGCGGUAUCUCUGUGGCAUAUUUUUGGACGAGGGCUUCUUCGACAAGGUCAAGCCCGUUCUGUUCUCCACCAUAGCCACGCCGCAUCUGGGCUCCAAGUUCCACCGAACUGACAAACGUUGGUUCAGUUGGAUGAACACUCUUGGAAGUACCUAUCUCGGGAACACUGGACGAGACCUGUUUCUCAAGGACCCGACACUUGCUGACAUGAGUAAUCCUUCCUCAUCCGCAUAUAAGGCGCUGGAGAUGUUUGAUAACCGGGUGCUGCUGGCCAAUUGCCGAAACGACCGAACGGUGCACUUCCCAACGGCGUUUAUCACGGCUGCUAAUCCGUUUGCUAACCUACGAUGGCUCGAUCUCAAGUUCCACGAAGUCAAGCUGCAAGAACCCGUGGUGGACAGCUACGGCUGGAGCCACUCGCCUCGAAUCAUUGACUUCAAACGAACCACCAAACGGUCCCUUCCUUUCCCCGUCUACCACGAACACAUUCGCCAGAAGCUUAUCUUCUGGAGUUUUGCGGCUACUGUUGGUCCCCUAGCUAUCACAGCUGUGUUAAUUGCGUCCAUGUUCUUCACCAACAACUCAAAUCACCGAGUCAGCAAGUUUCUGAGAGAAGGAGACAAGGCACUCAUGGGUGAGAUUCUCGAAAGUAUCAAGAUGGAGACUUUUGACGAGGAGUGGUUGAAUGAGGGUGACGAGAGGAAGGUUGGCGGUAAGGGGGAGAAGACUGAGAACACCGACAAACAAUCCUCCCCCGUUUCUAAAACGGACGCGUCCAAGGUUGAGGAAGAGGCUGAUGUCAUGGCUGCUGGAAUCACUGAAGCUGCCGUCGAAGACGUCAUUCUAGGUGAUGAUCUUAACAACACCGACACGCCUGCUUUGUCGGAAACCAAGGUGGUCGGUCUGGGUGAAGCUAUGGAGGCGGCUAGACACACAGGAGACCGAGGAUUGCUGGCCAACUGGGCGAACAACGCGCCUUUCUCCGAGGACGUACUCAGCAUGAUUGAGAACAUGGACAAGCUAGGCUGGGAAAAGUACGCCGUGUACAUUACCGUGAUCCAUUCUCAUGCUGCCAUUGUUGCUCGACGAGGGCUUACUCAACAGGGACAGGGUGCAGCUACCCUGCGUCUCUUCAGCGAGAUUAUUAGAUCCAAGAUUUGA